AAGAUAUUCGGAACGACAACAUGAACCAAAACGGCACCAUCGUGAUCAUCAUCCUGUGCAUGAUUGCAAUCAUUGGACUCACCAUUUACCUUGCCCGCACGGUCAUGAGCAAGUUCAUCACCAACACCUUGGAGGCAAAGGACAGGGCCACAGAUUCUUCGGCGGCUUAAAAGCAAACAAUAUCCCGCAUACUAUUUUUCCGCC